AGCAAAGUAAAAUCUUACUUAACAACUACAUUAAAAUUGAUUUAUAUUGAUCACCGAAAUGGGUCAAAACAAACUAGUUUUUGUAACAUUGGUGGUGGCAUAUCUAGUCAGCGAUGUAUCAUGUGCAAAACUGUCAAAUUGCCCGACCGAUGACCGACUUCGCCCAUGUUCUUGUAGCACCGUUAGCCCGGGUGGUACUCAAUUAUCAUGCUACAAUAUAACCGAACCACUUGGUGAUUUAUUUAAACGCUUAAGCAAUGCGCUACAAAAUGAUACAGAAUUGUACCAGUUGUUUUUGCACUCCAACGUGGACACAUUAGAAGCCAAUGUAUUUGGUCAGCUCAAAAUUGACCAAAUAGACCUAGAUAUGGGUAAAUUAGCAAACAUUCAUCAGGACGCUUUUGCCAGCACCGGUGUUAAGGGCCUGUCUAUUGCUAAGUCAGCAAUUAGCGAUGUUAAUGACCAAAAUAACCAAGCAGAUUAUGGCCUGUUUAAAGCUAUACGGGCUACAAAAAGUUUAAAAACAUUCUACAUGUCAAGCAGUGAAUUGACCGCGAUUCCCGAUGGUGCUUUCCAGUCGGUGACUCACCUGGAAUCAAUAAUAUUUUCGGGCACUCCAUUAAAGCGUAUUGGUAAAAAUGCUUUUUAUGACGCCGCCAGACUGCAUGUGCUAACCCUAACGGGCGUGCAAUUAGAGACUAUCGAUGCGCAUGCGUUUAAUGUGGGCCCACGUGGUGGCGGUGGCCGUAAAGCGCUGGAUAUACGCAUUGAGCAGGGUGAUUUAAAUCAACAGAUUCUAAAACCUAGUUCAUUUGAGAUGGUCAAUGACAAAGUUAAUCUGUAUUUGGAGUACAGUGACUUUGAUUACCUUGAUGAGACUGUGUUUGGUAAGUUUUUGUUGAAUCAAACCACGCACGUAAUCUAUACCAAUAACCUGAUUUGCCAUGAUGAACGCAAUCAAUGGUUAUACGCAAAGUAUCGCAAUAACUGGAAAGAUAAUGAGUGUAACUAA